AUGGAAGCUGGACGCUCCGAAAUUUCUAGUGACGCUUCGCAAAUUCCAGUCACCUCGAGCUCUGACUUUUUUGAGACCCUGGAGUGGACAGAGCGUCAGCAGGCUGCUGCUCGACCCCCUCCGCCACCGCCACCCCAUGAAGCCAAACCUCAUGUUACCGAUCCAAAUCUCUUCUCUAUCUUACAAUCGGAGAGAACGCAGACGACUGGCGUAUCUUCACCAUCAAGUCGCAGUAACUCGUCUCGUCCACCUAUGCAUAGUGGCGCGGAUGUUGCCGAAGCUUACGAACGCCAUGCGGGCAUACGAGUAAGCCAUGUUGCAGAUCCGGACGCUGAUCAGUACAAAUUCGAUUAUGAAAAAGAGACACCUAUACUAAGCGCUUUCACUCCACCUUGCGCACCUGUCAGCGAAUUCGAUCUGCUGGACUUAGGAUCUUCAGGUAUUGGUUACUAUUAA